GGCGGCGGCAGCUGCUCCCCCGCCCCCAGGCCGCGCGAUGGGUGACGCGUUCCGGAGGGCGGAGUCGGGCACUCAGCUGCUUGCACGACUUGAGGGCAGAAGUUCUCUGAAAAAUCUUGAACCUUAUCUGUUUGCUGAGGAAGGAUUUCCCAUUCAUGGAGAUGUCAUUGAAUUCCACGGUCCAGAAGGAACAGGAAAAACAGAAAUGCUUUAUCACCUCAUAGCCCGCUGCAUCCUUCCAAAAUCAGGAGGAGGACUGGAAGUAGAAGUCAUGUUCAUUGAUACAGACUAUCACUUUGAUAUGCUUCGUCUGGUUACCAUUCUUGAACAUAGAUUGGUGCAGAGCACAGAAGAAACGAUAAAACAAUGCCUGGGAAAGCUUUUUCUUGUUAACUGUAGUAGUAGCACUCAGCUACUCCUCACUCUUUAUUCUUUAGAAAACAUGUUUUGCACUCACCCCUCUCUCUGCCUUUUGGUUGUAGACAGCAUAUCAGCUUUUUACUGGAUAGACAGAAGCAAUGGAGGGGAGAGUUUUAACUUGCAGGAGAUUAAUCUGAAGAAAUGUGCUGAACUUCUUGAAAAGCUUGUAAGAGAAUAUCACUUAGCCCUGUUCGCAACAACACAAACAAUCAUGCAGAAAUCUACAAACUCUGCAGAAAGCUCUUUUUCUUUAAAACUUCAGCAAGAAACUGAUACAGACUAUAGGCCUUACCUUUGUAAAUCAUGGCAACAAAUGGUAACCCACAGGAUAUUUUUUUCUAAGCAAUAUAACUCUGGCAACAGCAAAACUUUUUCAUUCACAUCUUGUCAUAUCAAAAAAAAGCAGAUAGUAAAACGGUCAUUUAGUAUUGCAGAAUGUGGAGUUCAGUUUUAACUUCUUUGCUUUUAAAACGGUGGCAAAUUUCAGAGCUUUAUGUAGUUCUAGUGCUUUUUAGACUGGUUUAUUGUCUCUGGCUGAGUAAUAAUUUUUGUCAUCAUUUACAAUUUAGUGAAAGGCAGAAAGCUUAAAAUGUUUGAAUUACUGUAGAAGUUCAGUCUAAACCAAUGAGGAAUGUUGAAAUUAUUUGUUUGUGGUUAAUGCAUAAAGAGAUUAAAUCAAGAAAAUUAAAAACAAAGUCAUUUUAAACUCCUAAUAUCCCUUAGUAACGUGACCCAAGUGGUAUGCAGCCAAAUGCACUAACUUUAUUUCUAAGUCUUAAUGCUAUUCACUUCUCCUCUUCCAAGCUUCAGAAACUGGAACCUAGUUGUCCGUGUGGGAGACUGCAAAAAGGCAAGAGUUCGCUCUUUAUAAAUAUUGGUCUUGGUUCUUUCCCAGUAGCCUAAAGCGUAUGAAAUGCAUGCACUGCUUUGCCUAGAGAAGAGGAGUAAUUUUCACAGCCCAAUAAAUAGUAAAUAGUAGUAGUCCUCACCAUGCUUCUUGAAGUUUACACUCCCCCUGUUUACACUAUCAUGUGCUGGCAGAAGCAAUGGAUUGCAGGUGUUUUCAUCCUUACAAACAUCUGGCUUUGAAGAAGCUAAAGCCAUUGCAAACAUGGAAGCCCAAUUUCCAUAACUGAAGAAAAGACCCAGCCCUGUAUACCGAUGAGUUUGUUCUGCAUGCAGCAGUUUAGCCUUGAUCUUUAAAAGUGA